AGCCCGGAGCCCUCGGAAGUGCUGCCGUGACACCUCCCCCCGUGAGCAGCUUCCGCUCCCACCCGCGGCAGCGGCGACGGCGGCAGGGACGGGACCGAGCCCGGGGGCCGCGGCAGGAGACCAGCGAGAUGUUUGCCAUCUGCCCGCCCGGUGCCCCUGCCAGUGUCCCAUUCCGGCAGGGCCGGGGGGUCCCGGCCUUGGGCACGGCCAUCCCGGAGCCUGGGCAGGACUCCAACUUCAACUUCGUGGGAGAGGUUUGUGACAGCAACGAGAACUGGAGCCGGCCAGCGCCAGGGACCCUGCCGGAGGAGGGCUGCAGCCGGAGCGAAAACACCACAAAUCCACCCCAUAAUCUGCUGUCAUUAAUGCAGAGACAGAUGGGCCAGGGCCGGCUUAGGGACGCCGCCCCCAGCCCGGGUGCCACCCGCCUGUGUCUGCCCGAGCCGGGGCUGCGCAGCCCCCCGGAGGGAGCGGAGGUCAGCGGGGCUGGAGGCCAAAACCCCCUCAGCGAGCAGCCGGCCGUGGGGUACAGCAAGCCCCCCAGCUCCCCCGUGGAGGACAACGGCUAUGCCAGCAGCUCCCUCAGCAUCGACAGCCCCGACAGCGCCUGCGGCAGCUCCUGGGACCCCUCUGCCCCUGCGCCCCUCCCCGACAGCCCACUCCAGCCGGGCAUGACCGAGCCUGAGCCGGAGACCCUCUUCCCAGUGCUGGCAGAGGCUGUGCAGCACCUCCAGGACAAGGAACGCUUCAAGGAGCAGGAGAAGGAGAAGCAUCACAUCCAGCUGGUGAUGUACCGGCGCCUGGCCCUGCUGCGCUGGAUCCAUGGUCUGCAGCAGCGAGUGGUGGAGCAGCAGAACCGCCUGCAGGAGAGCUUCGACACCAUCCUGGACAACCGCAAGGAGCUGAUCCGCUGCAUGCAGCACGGCCCCCUGUGCCCUGCUGCCACCCCCAGCCCCUGAGGUGCCACCAGUGCUGCCCCAGCCCGGCCAUCGCCCUCCCACCUGGCAGUGGUCUGGCUGGUGGUGUCACUGUGCCAUACACCGGUGCAGAGCACUUGCCGGGCCCCUGAGUGCCCACCCUGUCCUUCCCAUGCCUCUCCAUCAUUGCUGCCAGUCCCCAAAGCUUUCAUCUUGGUUUUCCCUCUGCGCAGGAGCUUGUUGCUGCUCCAUGUCCUGCUGGGCUGGGGACUGUGGGAUUUUGGGUUGGGUAGACCUCAGGGGCUCAGGGUUUGCUGAGUUUGAUGGGAUCAGGCUCAUCUUUUGAAUGCCAUUUAUGGAGCUGGCUGAGCCACACGUGUGCACGGGUGGGUGAGAUCCUCGUGCAGGAGCCUGGCAACGAGGACCUUGGGGCAGUGAAGCUUUUAAUUGUGCCUGGGCAAAGCUCUUCAGCGUGUGCUCGGGCACAAGCUCACUUCAUGCCCCACAUCACACCCAUGCCAGCAGAACCCAGCCAGCCCUGGCCACGGCUGGUGCUUUUGGCUGCACUGAGCUGUCCCCGGGACUCGCCCCACUGCCCCGGGUGAAAGCUGUGCAGAUAAGAUCUCAACUCACAGAGAGGUGGAGGGAGAGAGAAGAAAAAUACCCCAAAAGUCAUUCUGAGGAGUGACCUCAGAAUGCUUGCACUGAAAUGUCAAGGGAUGCAAAUCCAGCCCACCCUCUGUAGGCUCAGUGUUAGGGUUCACCUGGAUUUCUCCUCACAGCCAGCGUGUGACGUGCACAUCUGCCUGUGCAGGAGCUGCUGCAGCUCGGUGCAUGAUCAGGAGGCUGCAGGCUCCUGCUGGUGCUGUUUCUGUUCCUUUAUCACUGGAAAGCAAAAGGUAUUUUUUAAUAAUCUAGGUUUUCUCCAGCUGCAUGCAAAGAGGGAUUAAAAUUUUAGGAGAUGCUGUGUGUGCUUGCUGUGAUUUGCUGUUCAUCUGAGGUGUGUUUUGUGGAAGGUGAUGGUGUGGAAGAAGCAGCACUGGGGUGGUUUUGCUGCAAGUGAAGGCUCAGCCAAGAGGGGACCACACUCCUGUCCUCUCCAGGGUCACUCUGCAAAGCCACACGCUCACUUCUCCUCUGGAAAAGGAGGAUGGUGAAAGGUUUCAGAGCUGCAAGUCUCUUCUUCCUGCUAUUAGAGAAUCAGAGCUGAGAGGCAUCUGUGACUUCACCGGGACCUAGAUGGACAGAUGGGUGCACAGCCUGGCAGCCUGGACACAUCCUGGCCCCCACUGUCCACUAAAUGUUCCUGCACCACAGAUAAAUAGCCACAGCCAAGCUCACCAAUGACUCCUGGGCCAGGGGCUGAGUCUCCUCCACCGACAGGUAAAAUGUGGAUCUCUGCGGAACUGCUGCUAGAAAGGACAUUCUGGUGGUCACCCUGUGACCAGGGGCUCAUCCUGUGCAGUGUCCCCACAAGCUCUCGCUGCCUCAUCACCCUCCCACUGCCAUGCACUGGUGCCCAGUGCCUGCUGCCUGUGUCAUAUCCCAGACGUGAUCGUGGGCACAUUGCACACCUUAAUAAAAGCCUUGGAGGUGACAAA